CGACCCCGCCGGCCGAUCCACUUCGUCAAUUUCUCCGAGCAACGCGCAGACAACAACCACCUCCGGAAUGGCGGCAUUCACCCUCUCCCUCGACCCUUGCUCAGUUCCUCGGCACUUCCCUCCGUCGUCCUCGUCCCCAUCUCCAUCUCCAUCUCCAUCUCCGCUCACUCGCCAGCCUCAUUUUCGCUUCCCUUGCGAGCGUCCGAAACCAGCCGCCGUCUCCUUCUCCUCUUCCCUGCAAGGGGCGCCUGCCUACUUUCCGGUACAGAAGGGGAGGUCUUCUUCGUCGCUGCGGACGGCUGCGGUUCGGCACGUGGAGGGAUCUCUCACCAGAACUGAGGGCCUUCGCUUUGGCGUGGUUGUAGCACGGUUCAAUGAGAUUGUGACAAAGCCCCUACUGGAGGGUGCCCUGACCACUUUCAGAAAAUAUUCAGUACGAGAAGAGGACAUAGACGUUGUAUGGGUUCCUGGCAGUUUUGAAAUAGGCAUUGUUGCUGAAAAGCUAGGGAAGUCUGAAAAAUAUCAUGCAAUCUUGUGCAUUGGGGCUGUGGUAAGGGGCGACACUUCACACUAUGAUGCUGUUGCUAAUUCGGCAGCCUCUGGGGUGCUUUCUGCUGGUCUUAAUUCAGGUGUUCCGUGCAUCUUUGGGGUCUUGACCUGUGAUGACAUGGAUCAGGCUUUGAACCGAGCUGGUGGAAAAUCUGGGAACAAGGGAUCUGAGGCUGCUUUAACUGCUAUUGAGAUGGCAUCUCUGUUCCAGCACCACCUGCACUAGCGGUUUGAAGGGCAGAGUUGGGUGUAAACUUUCCGAGUCAGCAGUUGCAGCAUGUAUUUCAUUAACUCGUGCGAUUCACCCAUGAAGGAUUUUAAGGGCUUCUGGAUCAUGAGUACAAUGAUGCAGUAGAAAGUGCUUACACUUGUUAACAUAAAUGUUUCUUUACCUUUCGUCAUUAGAUCGUCAUAGCCAUAAAAUGAUCUGGUGCCUAAGCAACGCGCUCGGUUUUGCCCAAAUGAAGCUCGUCAGCAUCAAACUCUGGUUGUGGACUGUAGUGCAAUGAAUACGUGGGAAUAAUUCUCUCUUUAUUUAACUGAUCUUGCGUUGAAGAAAGCAGUUUUUGCCGUUUGAUCCAUGUAACUUGAGCAGGUUUUUAUUAGGACGAGUUAGUUUACUU